AUGCAGACAAAUCAAACCACUGUGACUGAGUUCAUCCUUGUUGGAUUCAUGGACCACCCAGAGCUUCAGAUCCCCCUCUUCAUCUUCUUCCUGGUCAUCUAUCUGAUCACACUGGUGGGAAACACUGGGAUAAUCAUUCUAACCAGAAUUGAUGCUAGGCUUCACACCCCAAUGUACUUUUUUCUUAGAAAUCUUUCCAUUAUAGAUAUUGGUUUUUCUACCACCAUUGCCCCCAAAUUGUUGACAACAUUUUUGACAGAACAUGCAACCAUUUCCUUUACAGGGUGCACCAUGCAGUUCUUCUUUUUUGCCAUCUUUGUGACCACUGAAGGUUGCCUCCUAGCUGUGAUGGCUUAUGAUCGCUUCACAGCAAUCUGCAACCCAUUGCUCUAUUUUGUGGUCAUGUCAAAGAAGUUUUGCAUCCUCUUAGUCAUAGCUGCAUAUACCUGUGGCUUUGCAAGUUCAACAGUCCAGACCAUAUUCAUUUUUAAUUUGAAAUUCUGCACCUCAAAGAACACAAUUAAUCAUUUUUUCUGUGAUGUUCCUCCAAUGCUUCAGUUGUCCUGUUCAGAUACCCAUAUCGUUCAUUUUGUGCAUUUCAUUUUAUCCACUGCAAUUGCACUGACAACUUUUCUGACUGUUUUGAUUUCCUACAUUGCCAUUGUUGUUGCCAUCCUGAAGAUCAGCUCUGCUCAGGGACGAUAUAAAGCCUUCUCCACCUGUGCCUCCCAUCUCACCACUGUGACCAUUUUCUUUGGGACCAUCAUCUUCAUGUACAUACGACCUGGCUCCAAUUUCUCAAUUGAUAAAGACAAAGUCAUAUCUGUCUUUUACACUCUUGUCAUCUCCUCACUUAACCCACUCAUCUACAGUCUGAGGAACAAAGAGGUGAAGGAUGCAAUUAGCAGAAUCCUACACAAGAUGAUAUCCCUGAAGUAA